GGUUUAUUUCCCCUCUCUGCCUCUCUCUCUCUUUCUCUUUAUCUCUCGGUGUGUUGUUAACGGAAAUCGGCAAUUUAAUUUACAAUACGCGCGACAUUAGGACAAGCAGCUAAAAGCAAAAGACAAAAAGGAACUAAAGGAUCUAAAAAGGAGCCAACAGCAAAAAGAAAAAGAACGCUGAAAAAGGAAGAAGAAGAAAAAGCUGUGAAAAUGUUUGCCGGCAUAAGGAAACGCUUGGCACGCAAGCAAAACGAAAAGGAUUGCGAUGAUGAUGACAAGGACGAUGUACACGAUAUAAUGCCGCCAGCGAAUUAUAUACAAAUUUCUCAAGGCAAAAUACAAUUGGUGCAACAAGAACAACAGCAACUGCAACUCCAGCAACAACAACAACUACAACUUUCUGCAACAUUGGAGCAUAAUUCCAGUCUAGUGGGCAGUGGCAGUGAUAAGGAUAUGUUAUUGGAGAAGCGGCUAAUAGAAGUCGAAGGGUCACUAAAACGUUUGCAGAAGCAAUUCCAUAAUAGUCAAUGCGGGUCACCAACAUUUGAGAAGGAAUUGCGCGAACAAAUUGAGAACAUGAAUCGCAUUAUGAAAUCCAAAGAACGCAAACAAUUGCAAACAUAUCGGGAUCAUAAGGCACUGCAGACUCGAUUUGCUCGUCAGGAGAAUCUAUUGCACUCCAUGCAACAGGAGAAUCGUGCUUUACUUACCCGCAUCCGUCAAUAUGAGCAUUGUUUGGAUGAUGUAAUGCGUAAGGUUGUGGAUGCCAUUGUGGCAGAGGAUAAUUUACGUGAAGAGGUGACCAUGCUAAAGGGACGGGUUAGAGAUCUGGAGGCACAGAAUGCAGCCCUUUCGGCAAGUCCGGUCAAGGGACGGGAUGAGGGCUAUUGCACCAUGAGCAGUGGACAACCUCAACCAUCGAAUGGCCAUUUGGAAGAUUUACCCGAAGAGCCGGAACAAUGGCUAUUACCGGCUGAGCCCUGUUCAACGGAAAUGGAAGAUUGGAGCAUGUCCCAAGAGGAAUUGGCUGUGAUGACUCUGGAUGAGGAACGGGAAAGGGAAAGGGAACAGCGCUGGUUAUGGCCAUCAAGUGAUUUUAUUAAUUCAACCACUGUAGAGACUGAUUCCCUAACCGAUGGCAUAGCCCAAUUGUUGCAACAGAAGAUUGUCUAUUCGGAGGAUGAAGAGGUGGCUUGCACCGAUUUUACCCAGGAUUUUUAUAAACUGGUCAACAUACGUACCAAUUCAUCUCGUAGUCUUUAUUCCUAUGUCGAAGGCGAAACAGAUGAAGAAGACGACGAAGAUGAAGACGAUGAUGAUGAGGAGGAUGAUGAUGAACAAGAUUCUAGUUUAUCUGAAAGUCAAGUAGCACCGGUGAUGGCACGCAAUAGUCCAACGCCCAGCGAGGCAGGCAGAGCUCAGUUAACCAGUUGCUCAUCCAGCGAAACCGACGAAAUCCCGCCAAAGCAGCAGCCAGCAGUCGAGGAAGAUGACGAGGAAUCGGAUCAUGAUUAUGCUGUCAUUGAUGAAUGUCGUCGACGUGUUAGCGAUAUAGAAAUCGAAGAUAUUCCUCUGAUCACCAACACCAAUCAAAUGCCGCUCAAUGAACAGCAAUGCAUAGCGCAGAUAAUCAAAAAAGAACUGAGACGUCCGCCCGGUCAGGUGCUGGUGAAAUCCAAAUCUGUGCUAGAGGAUCAAGAACCCAGCUGUAUACUGCGACACAAUCAGAGACGCGAACUCGAAUCCAGUGUGGUGCGUAGCGAUAGUUUGAGCAGCUCACUAAUGGCUAAAAUGGCCAAAGAGGCAUCAGCGUCAUCGGCAUCAUCAUCACCAUGCCCGCCGGCUAACGCUGUGGUAUCCAAGCUAAAAGAACGCAUGUUGCAGCGGCAAUCAUCAAAUGCCUCAAAUUCAUGGCGUCGCAGUAAUGGCUGGAAAAGAGUAACCUCACCUGUUCAGUUGCAGCCAACAAAGAAGCCAACAACAACCAGCAAUCAAAAGAGUUGUUUGCCAAAGGCUUUAGCAGCCACAAGGAUACCCACAUGCAUUAAUACCACAUUGGCAACAGCUUCAACAUCAACCACGAGUUUUUGCUCCUCACCAAAGCCUCCUCAGCAAUCCCAACAACAACAACAGCAGCAACAGCAACGUAAAUCCAAAAUUCCUCCACCUGUGCCUGUUCGGCGUUCUUAUGCCAGUUAGGGGGAGGAAAAGGAAGAGCUAAAGGACUAAAUCUCAUCAACAAGAAAACAUAAAAAGUUUAUAACAAAAAUAUUUAAAGAUUUCAAAAAGACUAAAUUGUGAUAUAUAUUCAAAAAAAAAAACAACAAACAAAAAUUUAACCACAAGAGGAGUAAAAAGUAUUUAUUUUGAAAGGAGUUUUUUUUUUUUUUUUGUUCCUCGCUCCAGGAAUGCCCAGCUAUAAUUCCAACCCAAAAUGGGCAUAUUUUCUUUUGAGGCUCACCAAACUCUAAACUAUUUAUUAGAGUUUCGGUUGUAGCUUAACAUUUUUUGAAAAAUUUUUGAAAAAUAAAAUACAUAGUGAAGGGAAAAAUAAGAACUUGUAUUAAAAACUAAUUGAUACUUGAUAAUUUAUUUAGCUCUCUAGAUAUGUAGAACUAUCUAUCUAUAUAUGUAACUGAUGUAAUUUUCACCUUAGCUAGGCAUAGACAAACAAACAAAAAAAAUGGUAAACUGUCAAAAUCUAUAUAUAAAAUGAACGUUCCUUAAGGCUUCUACUGCAAGACCUUUUCAAGUCCGACCCAACUACAAGAAAUUGUGAAAUUUCCUAAAAGUUUUUCCCAUUUUCGACAAUUUCCCUUCACUCAUUAUGUAUACAGCAAUCAACUAAAGUAAAGUAUAUACAUAGAAGUAAAACAAAAAAGAAAUAUAUAAAAAUUGUAGUCUUCCGCACAAAAAUCGAGUGUAUUUAAUGAUAAAAAAAAAAAAAAAAAUUGA